GUCUAAUCAAAUGGUUUUGCAAUUGAAUUAAAACUUGCUAUUUCUAGUCAAUAUUAGUGAGACUUGUACUUUUCAAAAUUGGUCAAUAGUCAUGCCUCAAUGUGAUGCGUUCAAUGGUCAAAGAUUCUAAACUACUACAAAUGGUUUUCAACCCUAAACCCAAUCUAGAACAAUUUGGUCCCCUUAUUAAGCAUCAUCAUUUAUUUUAACCAACCAUGUAAUAAUGAUAAUUUGAAGACAAAUGAUAUACAACUCGAAUAAUUGCACACAUCCCACCAAGUUAUCUUUUAGUCAUGCUUCAAGACAUCAAUUUAGUUAUUACGUUACAUAUCGUAUCUUCCAUCAUUAAUGUAUUCCGUGACAAUUAUUUCAACAUAGUAUGAACCAAGUUAUGUUUGUUUGUGAACUUGUUAUUUUUGUUAGAUCAUCUAAACAAAUUCAAACUAUAAAAAUAAUGUAUUCAUCUAGUUUGCAACUAAAAGAAACAAAGUUCAAUCCUUUCUAAAAUGGAGACUUUAACUAUAAAAGGUGACUUGCCACCAAACUAAAAAAAAAAGGGUUAAUUGCAUGAUUGAUCACUGAGAUUACAAAAAACGUUCAUGUUUGGUCACUGAAAAUAUUUAAAUCCAAUCUUGGUCACUCAAAUUAGUUAAAUGGUUCAAGUUUGGUCACUCGCCGUCCAACUCCGUUAAAUAUGUCUGAUGUGGCAGUCAACCCUCAAAGUUGACCGUUAACUCGGUGACGUGUCAAUUAAAAAAUAAUAAAUGAAAUAAAUUUUAAUCUUCUACCAUUUCCAACUCAGUAAAAUAAAAAAAAUAAAAAAAUAUUAUAAUAACAAAUUGAAAAAUGGCUUCUGGGUUCACCAUUGCAUUCACGUUCUAGUGAACCAUCAUCAAUGGAGACGCCUCGAGUGCAAGUCUCUCUUGAUUUAGGCCCGCUUACAUGUCUCAUUUCGGAUUUCGAUUUCGUGUUCCCCCACCUGUGCAGCGUCAUCCUCGCCGGCUCCAGAUCGUGCUCGCUCAGCUCCAGGCUCGCCCCGAUCCCGUCGAUCACCGCCUUACCGCCCCAACUCCCUGACCGGCAGGAUUUUGGGGGAGAUUUCCCUGAGAUUGUCGACGUACCAAUUGGGGUUGAGCGACUCGGAAGUGACAACGAGGGCGACCUUGUUUUUUUGUGCACGGAAGGUGUUCGACACAAUGCCUACAUCGAGUACACCGCCACGAACCGAACCAACUCCCUGACCGGCAGGAUUUUGGGGGAGAUUUCCCUGAGAUUGUCGACGUACCAAUUGGGGUUGAGCGACUCGGAAGUGACGACGAGGGCGACCUUGUUUUUUUGUGCACGGAAGGUGUUCGACACAAUGCCUACGGAAUGGAAUGAAUAGAAGGUCUUCUUCAAUAAAUUGGGGGUAAUUAAUUCCGUAAGUUCCUUACAUUUUCUAUUCAUCAACAAAGCUAAAAUAUUCAAAUCUUAUAGUUUCUUUGGCUUCAGUGUUCAGAUUGAGGGGGGACUUAGGCGGAUGGUGAUUCUCUGUUUCUUUGGCUUCGGAUUGUGUGUACGGUGGCGACGGAGCUUUUCCCCGGAGACAGUCUGGAAAGUCUUUGCAUUCGUUGGGAAAAUCGCUAAGCACCUUCAAGCCUCAAGGAUUCCAACGAUUCCAACAGGACAUACGGAGUGAGGGGACGACACAGACGGAGGUCGAUUCUCUGUUUAUUUUGCUUCAAAUCGUGUGGUACAGUGGCGGCAGAGCUGUUCGACGGAGAUAGUGGGCCGGUGAGGACGAGGGUUUUGUGCGUUUUUUUUUACCGAAUAAACUAAUUUUGUGCACGGAAGGUGUUCAAUUUGUGAUUAUAAUAAUUUUUUUUAUUUUACUUUAUUGUGAAAAUGAAUUGAAAAUGAUAGAAGAUUAAAAUUUAUUUUAUUUAUUAUUUUUUAAUUGCCACGUCAGCGAGUUAACGGUCAACUUUGAGGGUUGACUGCCACAUCAGACAUAUUUAACGGAGUUGGACGGAGAGUGGCCAAACUUGAACCAUUUAACUAAUUUGAGUGACCAAGAUUGGAUUUAAAUAUUUUCAGUGACCAAACAUGAACGUUUUUUGUAAUCUCAGUGACCAACCAUGCAAUUAACCCUAAUAAAAAACUUAAUGUUUC